AUGAUGAUUAUUGGCUCGACAACGAAGAUUCACUUUAAGGUGAGCGUUUGGUGGGUUGUCUUCGUUUUGUUCGAAUUCUUGCUUCUCAAGUAUCGCGGUCACGGUGAUCGAUUCGCAUUCAACGACUCAGUGACGUCAAUCUGUGCUGGCAUGCUUUCACAGUGCUUCAAGUUCGGAGGACGAACAGUAGCGAUAUUCGGAUACAUCUACAUAUGGAACAACUUCCGACUAAUUGAAAAUCCCUGGAAUUCACCGUGGACUUGGAUAUUCUGUUUAUUCUUUCAGGACUUCAUGUAUUAUCUUGGCCAUCGCGCUGUUCACGGUUUGUUCCGCUACUGA